AUGACGUCUAUGCAUCUCAAUCAGUUGCGGAAAUGGGUCUAUUCCUCCCCGCCAGUUGAAUGGGGCAUGAACCAGGUGCGCGAGCUGCUUAUAGGCGCCGUGAGCCAGGGACCAGUUCCUCAGCACAUCGCAUUCGUCAUGGAUGGGAACCGUCGGUUUGCGCGGAGCCACAAGAUAGAGACUGCGGAAGGACACAACCUGGGCUUCGAGUCUUUAGCUAAGAUCCUGGAAGUUUGCUACAAACUAGGCGUCAAAGUUAUUACAGUCUACGCAUUCAGCAUCGAGAAUUUUAAGAGGUCGAAAUACGAGGUCGAUGCGCUGAUGGACUUGUUCAAGGUCAAGCUGGCACAAAUAUCACAGCAUGGGGAGCUACUGGAUCAGUACGGAGCAAGCAUCAGGAUACUGGGGCAGCGCGACCUGAUCAGGCCCGAUAUACUUGAAGCCUGCAACAAUGCAGUCGAGGUUACACGAGGGAAUGGAGAUGCCAUACUUAAUAUCUGCUUCCCAUAUACCUCCCGUGAUGAGAUCACAACCGCGAUCCGCUCAACAGUUGAUGAGCUAUCCACACCACUCCCCACCCCAAAGCGCCCAUUUUCUGAAAGGCGUAUCGCCCAGAAGCUUCGGUCACGAAACCUGACAUCCUCCUCCUCUUCGCCGCCCCGCCAGGCCUCGCCUACGAGGGUUGAGGUCCCAGGAGCUGGAACCGAACUUGACGACUCCAUUUCCUCGAGCGCGACGCUCCAUCCUGACUCUGUGUCGAGUUCGGAUGUCCCGAAUCCAGAGGAGCCCACGUAUCCGGACCCAGAGAGCAUCACCGCUGCGACGGUCGAGGCACAUCUGUUUACUGCCGGAAACCCGCCCCUGGAUCUCCUGAUCCGGACAAGCGGCGUGAAACGUCUUAGCGAUUUUAUGCUCUGGCAAUGCCACGAAGACACGCAGCUUAGAUUUUUAGACUGCUACUGGCCGGAGUUCAGCCUAAGACACUUCUUGCCCGUGCUUAUUGAAUGGCAGUGGCAGAGGAAGUAUGGUGACGACAAGGAGGGAGGAGCUGUUAAAGCGAGACCGAAGUCAGCAAAGAUGUAUUAA